AUGGGCAAAUCCAAGCGUCCUCCCUUCAGUGGGCAACACAAUGCUUCAACUUCUAUACAAAAUUUUCCAACGUUCUUUCUAAUUCAAAGAAAAUCGGAAAACAAAGAAUCGUUUCAUGGUGUGUCACCUUUUUUGGUGGAAAAAGCAAUAUCUGGAAGUAUUCUCGAGGUAAAAUCUAUAAAGAAACUUCGAUCUGGUGACCUGCUGGUCGAAGUUAAUUCUCCCAAACAAGCGAAACAAAUUGUAAAUCUGAAAACUUUUUCAACGAUUCCCGUCUUAGUUAGUCCCACUCCAUCAUUAAAUUCACCAAAAGGUGUUAUAUCUUGUGGUGAAUUAUUCAAUGUACCAAUAAAGGAAAUUACUCAAAAGCUAAAAAGUCAGGGAGUGACGCAUGUGCGACGUAUAACAAUACGAAGAGAUGGCCAGCUCCUGAAUACUAAGCAUCUGGUAUUAACUUUCAAUUCCUCUACUAUACCAGAGUAUAUUAAGGCUGGAUAUUUGCGCUUAUCUGUUAGAGCAUAUGUGCCAAAUCCUUUAAGGUGCUUCCAAUGCCAGCGCUUCGGGCAUUCAAAAUCAUCUUGCCGCGGAACAAUGACAUGGGCCCGCUGUGCAGAAGUCAAUCACGACAGAUCUAACUGCACUGGAAGCCCGCAAGCUCAUUAA